CGUGGAGUUUGGCGGCGUCUCCGUAAGACGUCCGCCCUCUGCGGACUUUCUCGCUGCUCCUGGCGGCUCGCUAGCCUCCUUCCCUCUUGAACUCGGGCCCAAUGGCGACCCUCCCCUCCUUCACCCGGAGCUGGGGGGUGUGGGCCUCGCAGAAGCCGCCCGAAGUGUACGCGCGGCCUUCCAGGGCCGGGGCCCAGUGCGGGGCCACCGAAGCGUGAGCCUCUUUGCUCUCCUCCAAGAGCUCGUCGCGACAGCUUCGCGCGCCCGGAGCUGGCGCUUGCACAUCCCAGGGCAGUGCGUGAGGCCAGGGGUCGUCAGCCAUGCUGCAGCCGGUGUGGCCCCAGGAACCAGUGACCUUUGAGGAUGUGGCUGUGUACUUCACCCAGGACCAGUGGGCCAGCCUGGGCCCUGGGCAGAGGGCCCUGUACAGGGAGGUGAUGCUGGAAAACUAUGCAAACGUUACUUCCCUGGCAUUUUCAUUUCCCAAACCUGCUCUGAUCUCUAAGCUGGAGAGAGGGGAGGCACCAUGCGGCCCAGAUCCCUGGGACACAGAGGGUUUGAGAGGCAUCGGCUCAGGUGGUGAGUUCCAGAUCAAAAAGGAAGUGCCCUCGAUAAAGCAGGAAAGUCCUGAAGAGUCGGAGUCACACAGAGUGCCUGUAGAAGGAUUCCUUGGAAAAUCUGAAUGUUCUGAUUUCAGAAACAAGCCAAGGCAGACUUGCGAUCUAAAUCCAAAUCUGAUACUCCGAGGGGGAAUGAAGUUCUAUGAAUGUAAAGAAUGUGGGAAAAUCUUCAGAUACAACUCAAAACUUAUCAGGCAUCAGAUGAGUCACACUGGGGAAAAGCCCUUUAAAUGUAAGGAGUGUGGCAAAGCUUUCAAGUCCAGCUAUGACUGCACUGUGCAUGAGAAAAACCACAGCGGGGAAGGGCCCUAUGAAUGCAAGGAGUGUGGCAAAGGAUUGAGUUCCAACACAGCCCUGACUCAGCACCAGAGGAUCCACACUGGGGAGAAGCCCUACGUGUGUAAGGAGUGUGGCAAGGCUUUCCGCAGGAGUGCAGCGUACCUUCAGCAUCAGAGGCUGCACACGGGGGAGAAGCUCUACAAAUGGGCCCAAGGACUUUGGUCAUCUUCCACUGCUUUGCCAAGUGCGUUAGCAAGGAGCUGGAUUGGAAGUGGAGCAGCUGCGACUUGAACCUGUGCCCAUAUGGGAUGCUGGUGCUAUAGGUGACUUACCUGCUAUGCCACAAUUCCAGACCCUGUAUGUAUGCUUAAAGACUGUAUUUGUAUAAUAUAUUUUUUUCUUCUGGGUAGACAAUGAAAAUACUCACCCUUUGCCUUGGUCCCUUUUAGGCUUGAACAUCUGUGACUGUAUCUGCAUCAUGGGGUUGCUGGUGUUAGAAGUGCUGGGACAACAUUAAGGUGUGUGAAGGAACUUUGGGGAAGUGAACAUCCCUGUAAUAGGCCAGUGUGGUUAGAGAGAACCAACCUGGGAAGGACAGGAGACACACAAGCCCUGUGGGAGCAGAGUUGGAAUAGGCUUCCCAGGAGGAUUUCAGAAAUGAAUAUAGACUGUUCAGUGGGCCAAUGGUGGAGUAAUACAACUACAGUGGGUGGUCUUUGGCACAGAUCACAGAGGAUCUUAUAUUCUAUGCAAAAGGUCAUGUGAAACAUACUGAAAAGUCUUUGUUGAUAGCAGUCAUCUACAUGAUUGAUAGCAAUCAGGUGUGGACAUGUGUGUAAACAUGAUGGAGUUUUGCCCUUGAUAUGUAGAUUUUUUUGUUGCUUUUGUUUUCUAAAUAAAUGUACAUAACAGCAUUCAUCUUUGUUGCAUCUAUGGUGUCAGUUUUGCUUGGCAGGCAUCUUCAUGUUCUUUUUGCAAGUACUGACUUCCAGAUUUUAUUUACUUAAGGUAGUAUGAACUGUAGUGAGGAAUCUGGUGCAUUACUAAAGAAAUAGGAGGAAUGGUAUAAAUCCAACUUAAGGAAACCCUGAAAAAAAAUCUCUGAAGUUGUUUAUACUUCUAGAAAUUGAGGGACCUGUGUGGUAGGGUCAAUGGCUAGACUUAAGUGGUGGGUUAGUGACAUAGAAUUUUGGA